GCCUCCCGCGUGGCAGGCGAGAAUUCUACCACUGAACCACCAAUGCAGGCGAGAGAAACACUCCAAAUGAAUGUAUCUGAACUUGUCAAAGGCGGAGCUAGCCUUGCUCAAGCUUCUAAGCGUGGAAAGGGUUUGUAAAGCACGGUUGAGGUGGGUGGAGCACCAGGCCAUUCUUUCUCCCCCUUGGAUCCGGCCACCGGGCCAUAAAGUCAUUCCAUAUGGCCAGGGGCGGCCCCACACCCGGGUGCCAACUGCCCCGGCCCUCGAGCCUCACGUGCAGGCACUUCGUCCUGAAGUCUCCAAGUGUUGACACGUCCUUCCGUAGAGGGUCAUGCUGUUGGUUUGAGAUGCUGAAGCCGCUGGUGGAGAAGCGGCGCCGGGACCGCAUCAACCGCAGCCUGGAAGAGCUGCGGCUGCUACUGCUGGAGAGGACCAGGGACCAGAACCUCCGGAACCCGAAGCUGGAGAAAGCGGAGAUCCUCGAGUUCGCCGUGGGCUACUUGAGGGAGCGCAGCCGGGUGGAGCCCCCGGGGGCUCCCCGGUCCCCAGGCCAGGACGCCGAGGCGCUCGCCAGCUGCUACCUGUCGGGUUUCCGCGAGUGCCUGCUUCGCUUGGCGGCCUUCGCGCACGACGCCAGCCCGGCCGCCCGCUCCCAGCUCUUCUCCGCGCUGCACGGCUACCGGCGCCCCAAACCGCCCCGGCCCGAGGCCGUCGAGCCCGGGCUCCCAGCGCCGCGCCCACCGCUGGACCCCGCUUCGCCCAUCCUCGGCCCCGCGCGGCACCAGCGCCCCCCCGCGCACCAGGGCCCCCCCAGCCCCCGCUGCGCUUGGUCCCCGUCCCGCUGCUCCCCUCGCGCCGGGGAUUCCGGCGCGCCGGCGCCCCUCACCGGACUGCUGCCGCCGCCGCCGCCGCCGCCGCCGCCGCCGCCUUACAGACCAGACGGGGCGCCCAAGGCCCCGCCGCUCCCGCCGCCCGCCUUUUGGAGACCUUGGCCCUGAGCUUUUGGGGGGCUGGGGCGGGGGUUGGGGAGUGGGGUAGAGACUCCAGCCAAGAGGG